AUGGAAAAGCAUGAUUAUGGGCUGUCCAUUGACUGGGCAGAGUCCGAUAAUUCUUCAUCCUCGGGUCUGGAUCUAGUCAUAGUCCACGGCCUGUAUGGUAACCUGGGAGCAAGCCCCAACCCUCGAGUCAGCCCCGGCUCCGGGUCCAGCUCUUGGGUGGACGACUAUGUGAAGGAUCUGGAUGUUGAUGCAAGAAUAUUAAUAUUUAGAUAUGACGCUGGGAAGAUCUUAGCUGGGCGUUAUAGCCGAGGUGCGAUUCAGCAGCAGGCAGUAUCCUUACUGGAAGGUUUGACAGAGCUAAGAAGAACCGAUUCUAAACGAUCUAUCAUGUUCAUUUCUCACGAUAUUGGUGGACUAAUCGUGAAAGAUGCACUUCAAAUUGCGGCGUUCGAUAGUAUCAAGUGGGGUGAAAUCCCUGAUUACGCUCGAAUGCUGGUAGGCUUAUUACCCUACUCGUACACAGACCCUUAA